CAACGACAACAGUGGCAGUGGCAGCAUCAGCAUUGGCAGAGGCUGUGGCAGCAGCAUUAAAAUCGGAAAAUCGUUAUACGUUGAGUACACCACAAAAUCGCGGUCGCAACGCCGUUGUUCUCUGUGUUGUGUUGUGUUUUUUGUGUUGUUUUUGGGCCUUGUCCUGCCAACUGAAUCUCACACUCGCGCAACGAACUCGAAUCUUGCCACAGCAGCAACGGCAGCGGCAACAACAGCCGCAUUUUAAUUUUUGUGACUUUCUUUUGGUCUCAAAAUGGAUCCAUCGAAUUUGGCUUUCGGAUUUCCAGGGUUGCCAGGCCAUGGCCACAUGCCCAUUCCGCCCACAGCCAAUAUGCUGGGCACCCACGGACAUCCAGCGCCCACAGCAAGUCCGCCGCAAAGCGUCCCGGGGAGACGCACACCUCUGGGUUCGGUGGGACUGGGAGGCUUCUAUGCCCAGGGACUGGGGAUGAGCAGUCAACCGCCGACGGAUGAGAACAAGCCGGGACCAAGUGCACCCGAGAAGCCUUUAAGCCCGACGGCAGCAGCGAUUGCGGCAAUUAGCGGUGGCACCACCACCGCAGCCAUGGCCAGUGUGUCAAGCGGUGGCCCAGGAGGAAGCGGAGCUAAUGGGGGCAAGCAAAAGAACCGACAAGGAAAGACGGUGCGACUGAACAUUAAUGCCCGGGAGCGUAGAAGAAUGCACGAUUUAAACGAUGCGCUGGAUGAGUUGCGCAGUGUGAUUCCUUAUGCGCAUUCUCCCUCGGUGCGUAAACUGUCGAAGAUUGCCACCUUGCUGCUGGCCAAAAACUACAUACUAAUGCAGCAGAAUGCCCUCGAGGAACUGCGCAGACUCCUUGCUUAUAUACAAAGCACCACGGGAGCUGCUCCUUUGGAUUUGGGGGCUUUCCCCGCUGCCGCCAAGUUGCAGGCCUUGCUGCAAGGACCUCACAACGAUCCGCCCACCAGCAGCAACAGCUAAAUAAGCGAAUUGUCCCCCUUUGGGAUAUGAUAAGCAAUUGAGUGAAGCAAUACGCACAUAAUGUUUAAGAAGUCAAUUUGAAGAGCUAAAGUAUUUGUGUACUAGUCAUGAUUGAGGUUGAGAAUCUGUUAAGUGAUAUUUAGUUCUUUUAUAAGCAUUUCUUUUGCGCAUUUCCCAUAAUGUCUGCAUACUUAGUUCUAAGUCGAAUAUAAUCAGUACGAGUAAUAAAACGAACAAAACUAAUUUGAAAUUUUGUGACUUUUAUUAUCUGUGUAUUGCGAUAACAAUUUCAGCAAAGUUCAAAAUAUUGUGCCCCGAAAAUGACGCAGAAUAAGCAAAGUAUUUAAAAAGGAAAAUGAAAGGGAAUAUAUAAAAUACAAAUUUAAAAUCCAAUUCAGAAUAAAUCAAAAAGAAUGCGCCGCAUUUUUCUAGUUUUUCUACACUUUUGACAUCCCAUGCACAAUCAAAUGAGAACUUUUAUUUUAAGGUCAGGGAAAAGUUGCGAUCGAGAAUCUGUGUUAAUGUUUUCACUAUGUGCAAUUUGGGGCACGCUUUCAGAUUAAACUACGGCGUAGUAUUGACAGAAAAUCGUAAUUGAACAUAAUUAUUAUAUACGUAUAUUGAAUAUUAAAAUUAGAUUUUUUUGCUACGCUAUCAGUUUAAUACUUAUAUUAUGCAAAAUGUUUAGAUUGCUUUAAAGAAAAGAAGAAGAAAGUCAAGUUCAAAUGAACAUAAUAGUAUUCAAAAACUAUGAUUAUGAAUUACUAAUCAUGCGUUCCUCAAGGCGAAAAAAGACAUAGUAAUCUAUAGAAAUUCAAGAGUAAGGUUUCAUCAGUUUCAUGACGUGGUUGCUUUUUAAUGAUAAGAGACUAGAAAUUUGGGAAAUUUUACAGUUUCGAAACUUCAUCAUAAAUCUUGCCACAUGCGUCUAAGAAUUCUACAGGGUAUCACAGAAGGUCAAGGAAAUAAUCAAUUCCAAAAUGUUGCCUCAUGUUGAUGGUGAUUAAGAAUUUAGGACAAAUUUGAGAAUAAGUUCACGACGUAGUGCAUGAUUUGUAGAAUUGAGUUGUACUGUGAGAAAUGAUCACGAAUAAAAGAAUGAAUAGUGAAUUUGAUGAGAAAUGAUCAGGAAUUGUGGAAUGAAUAUUGAAUUUGAUAAUGACAGAAUCAAGUUGUUGUUAAGA